AUGACUGCUAUUCGUGACAACCUGUGUGAACUUGGAAGACUUGAGAUUCCAAGACCAAAGUGUCAAGGAAUGCAAUUUGUGGCCACUCGUGGAAGACAAGGGUUCUAUAGAGGUCCAAAAAGACCACAAUUGAGCUCGGAUCUUUUCAAUAGACCAAUGACGGUUCCAGAAGAGAAUUCCGAAGAAGUCGAAGAGGCUCAGACCAGCCAUCCGGAGGUCAAAAAAGUGGAGCUGAAUAACAACAAUAAUUCUAAGGUCAACUACGCUGCUCGCCCACCAAUGCCUCCUCAACAAUCAAAACCAAGCUAUUCUUAUUCACAACAACAACAACAACAACAACAACAACAACAACAACAAGCUCAACCAACUCUACAACAGCCAAGAAUGUUCAUGCAAUAUCGUUCAUCUGGAGGAAUUACUUCUGCUGUUAACAGCCGCCCGUCUUUGAUUUCUCAGCAGAGAGAAAUUUCUCAAAAAUAA